AUGUCUCCCGGCGGGGCCCAAGAUGUCUCCCGGCGGGGCCCAAGAUGUCUCCCGGCGGGGCCCAAGAUGUCUCCCGGCGGGGCCCAAGAUGUCUCCCGGCGGGGCCCAAGAUGUCUCCCGGCGGGGCCCAAGAUGUCUCCCGGCGGGGCCCAAGAUGUCUCCCGGCGGGGCCCAAGAUGUCUCCCGGCGGGGCCCAAGAUGUCUCCCGGCGGGGCCCAAGAUGUCUCCCGGCGGGGCCCAAGAUGUCUCCCGGCGGGGCCCAAGAUGUCUCCCGGCGGGGCCCAAGAUGUCUCCCGGCGGGGCCCAAGAUGUCUCCCGGCGGGGCCCAAGAUGUCUCCCGGCGGGGCCCAAGAUGUCUCCCGGCGGGGCCCAAGAUGUCUCCCGGCGGGGCCCAAGAUGUCUCCCGGCGGGGCCCAAGAUGUCUCCCGGCGGGGCCAAGAUGUCUCCCGGCGGGGCCCAAAAUGUCUCCAGGCGGGGCCCAAGAUGUCUCCCGGCGGGGACAAGGUGUCUCCGGGCGGGGCCCAAGAUGUCUCCUGGCGGGGCCCAAGACGUCUCCUAGCGGCCUCAGCACAGCGUCGCCUCACACUCUGCAAGCAGACCAAAGACAACACUUGA